AUGGCGAAACCAGGAGUUGAUCAAUACCUAAAGCUGUACAAUGUUUUGUCCAGUUUUUUGUGGAUGAGCGUUCUUACACGCGGAUUGUUGCUCUGGUACAUCAUCGGUGACUACCGGGCAGUCUUUCUCGGAACGGAAAGCUUUGUUCGAUGGGUGCAGACGCUUGCAAUUGCUGAAGUUGUGCAUUGUAUGAUUGGUUUUGUACGUUCUUCUGUUGUUACGACUGCCAUUCAAGUGGCUUCUCGAGUUUUGCUCGUCUGGGGUGUUUGCUAUCCAUUUCCGGAGGUUGUUCGUGAUUCUCCUAUUUACCUUAGCAUGAUCUUUGCUUGGUCUGUCACGGAGGUCAUUCGUUACACAUUUUACGCAUGCAAUUUGGCCAAGAAUGUGCCUGCAACCUUGCUGUGGUUGAGAUACAGUGCCUUCAUUGUUUUGUACCCUAUUGGUGCCGGUAGCGAGUUUCUCUUGGUUCUUAAGACCCUCCGUACUGCCGUUUCUUCAUGGUUCCCGAACAAAAUUAUUUGGCCUUUGAUUUUGGUUAUUUAUCCCCCUGGUCUCUGGCACAUGUACACGUACAUGCUUUCACAGAGAAGAAAGGCGAUGAACGCCAGUGCUAAAAAGUGA